GCACUCUCCCCCCAAGAAGACAAACGCCGCCGCAACACCGCCGCCUCCGCCCGUUUCCGUCUCAAAAAGAAAGAACGCGAAGCCGCUUUGGAACGACGCGCCGCAGAACUCGAGUCCCGCGUAACCACCCUCGAACGCGAGUGCGAGGGGCUAAGAAGAGAGAAUGGUUGGUUGAAGGGCCUUGUGGUGGGCGUUACGGGUGCUAGUCAAGGCGCUUCUGUCGUCCAGCAGCAUCCU